GGUCUGCAUUCAAGUUGAUUACUGGUAGAUCAUAUCAUCAUGGAACUAUGCUAAUCAAUGCCGACAUUAACAAAAUAAGACGCUAUUUAAAAGUUGAAAAAGAAAAAUUAAUAACUAAAGGCGUUGAAUCUAUUCCAUCACCUGUCACAAAUCUUAUCAAGUACUCUUCAUCGAUAAAUCAUCAAUUAUUUUGCGAUUCAAUGAUAAAAGUUUUCAUGAAUCAUUAUCAUAAUAAUUGUGAUAAAAAUUUUGAUUAUAAUAAUGUCGAUUUUCUUCAGCAUAUUGAUGAUAGAACUAUUACUGAAAUUCCAAAGAUUAAUCAAUAUGUUGAUGAACUUAAGUCAUGGGAAUGGACUUUUGGUCAAACACCAGAAUUUACUCAUGAAUUCGAAACAGAAUUUAAAUGGGGCCAUGUGAAAGUAUUCAUUAAAUCUAAAAAUGGAUUAAUAAAAGAUGUUAUCUUCACAUCCACUAUGGAAAAAUAUUAUUAUUUGCUUGACAUUUUCAAAGAGUCAUUAGAAGGAUGUAAAUAUGACGAGGAAGGAAUAGAUCAAGCUGUUGAUAAAAUUUUUAUGAACGUAGAAUUAUUUCUUGAUAUGGGAAUUUAUGAACCAUUGGAUGAAAUAAAUGAAUUGAUUACUAAUCUAAGCAUUUGGAUAAAAAAAUCUUUGUGA